CUCUUUUCCGAUAAACCCUUAAACGCACCAUCACAGUUGGUUUGUUUUCACCAACUUUCGUUCUCUUCUCUGUGAAAACUAUGAAUCUUAUUCGCCUUACUUCUUGUCUGUCAUCCCUGCUUUGCGUCAUCUCAGCUUCCCCGCCGAAUUUCGUCCUCCUGUUCGCAGAUGAUUUGGGUUUCGGUGACCUGGGCUGUUUUGGACAUCCAAGUUCCCUCACUCCGAACCUGGACCGGCUGGCAGCAGGUGGACUCCGCUUCACGGAUUUUUACUGCACCAGCCCAGUGUGCAGCCCGUCCAGGGCGUCGCUGCUGACAGGUCGCUAUCAGACACGCUCAGGUGUCUACCCAGGUGUGCUGUACCCAGGCUCCAUCGGAGGUCUGCCUCUGAAUGAGACCACCAUAGCUGAGGUGUUGAAGCCUCUGGGCUAUGCUACCGCCGCCAUGGGGAAGUGGCAUUUGGGACUCGGAGCCAACGGGACAUUUCUUCCAACCAGACAGGGAUUCGACCAGUACCUGGGGAUCCCAUACUCUCAUGACAUGGGGCCCUGCCACAACCUGACUUGUUUCCCACCAGACGUCAAGUGUUUUGGAUUCUGUGACCUCGGAACAGUGACCGUCCCACUAAUGCACAACGAGGUCAUUAAACAGCAACCUGUCGAUUUCCUGGAUCUGGAAAGAGCUUACAGCGACUUUGCUACCAAUUUCAUAGCCUCAUCAGCAAGUAAAAAACAGCCUUUCUUCCUCUACUACCCUUCCCAUCACACCCACUACCCACAGUAUGCAGGUCCUGGGGCGGCCGGUCACUCUUUAAGGGGACCAUUUGGAGAUGCUCUGAUGGAGAUGGACAACACAAUAGGAAACCUGAUGGCAACCCUGGAACAGACCGGAGUUAUCAACAACACGCUUGUCUUCUUUACGUCCGACAACGGGCCUGAACUGAUGCGCAGAGCCCGUGGAGGUAGCGCCGGCCUCCUGAAAUGUGGUAAAGGUACCACGUAUGAAGGGGGCAUGAGAGAGCCAGGCAUUGCAUACUGGCCAGGAACCAUCAAACCAGGUGUGACUCAUGAAAUGGCCAGCACUCUGGACAUUCUUCCCACGUUUGCAGCCCUGGCCGGAGCCAAGCUUCCACCUGUGAUGCUGGAUGGUGUUGACAUGAUGGACAUCCUGUUCAACCAAGGAAAGAGUAAAAGGGAGGCAAUGAUGUUCUACCCUGUGGAUCCUACUGAGCAGUAUGGACUUUUUGCUAUCCGAUUUGGAAAGUACAAGGCUCACUUCUACACACAAGGUGCUACCCACAGCAGCUCAACCCCAGACCCAGACUGCCCAGCGAUUGCCACCUUAAAGCCUCAUGACCCUCCUCUUAUUUUCGACCUGGAGGACGACCCCUCUGAGAAUUACCCGCUCUCGCUGAAGGACCAUCCGCAUGUCCAAGCCGUGCUGGAGGAGAUCAUGAAAGUGAAGGCAGACUUUGAAGCCACUAUGGUGUUUGGUCAGAGCCAGGUAUCGAAGGGAACAGAUCCGGCCCUGGAGCCGUGCUGCAACCCUGAGUGCAGCCCCCAACCCAGCUGCUGCCACUGCUAAAGGGACAGUUGGUGAAACUCUGAAUGCGCUGCUGAACUCACCUUUUAAAUAUCUUUAUAUGGUAAUGCAACCUUGAAACCAGUACCGCUUCAUUUUUAACAAUUAAUUCUUCUUUAUGCUGAAAGAAAAAUAGCAGACAAUCAUUUUCCUCGGUAAGGAUUUUCUCCUAAGAAAAAUUUAAUGUUGAUUGCACUCUGAACUACUUUUUUUUAUUACAAAUGUACUGUAUGUUUUAUAACUUUUAUGACUUGAAAACAAUGAUCUAAACUUGUACUGUGACUUGCACUUCAAAAAGGAAUAAUACAUUAAUGUGUAAAUAUGUUUCAACAAGCAGAAAAAUAAAGACGACACCAAAUGUUUCG